AUGGUUCAAGAAAUUAACUCUGCUGAAGAAUUUGACAAGGCUAUCGCCUCUGGUGUCGUCCUCGUGGACUUUUUUGCCACAUGGUGUGGUCCUUGUAAGAUGAUUGCUCCUGUCUUGGACAAGUUCUCCAAGGAGUAUGAGCAAGUUACCUUCUACAAGGUUGACGUUGACAAGUUGAGUGAGGUUGCUGCUCGUUUUGAGAUCUCUGCCAUGCCAACUUUCUUGUUCUUCCAGAACGGAGAGGUUGUCUCCAAGGUUACUGGAGCCAAUGCUGCUGCUAUCAAGCAGACCAUAACCAAGUUGAUUUAA